CCGCAGCUCUCCUCCCGGGCCAACGCCUUCUCCAUCGCCGCCCUCAUGUCGAGCGGCAGCUCCAAGGACAAGGAGUCCCCCGAGAGCACCAUCAAGCCGCUGGAACAAUUCGUUGAGAAAUCCUCUUGCGCCCAGCCUUUGAGUGACUUAUCCAGCCUGGACCCUCACGGGGAUUUUAGCACCAGCCCUUCAUCCCUGUGCACCGAGCCCCUCAUCCCCACCACCCCCAUCAUCCCCAGCGAGGAGAUGGCCAAAAUCUCCUGCAGCCUGGAGACCAAAGAGCUCUGGGACAAGUUUCAUGAACUGGGUACCGAGAUGAUCAUCACCAAGUCCGGGAGGAGAAUGUUCCCUACGAUCAGGGUUUCCUUCUCGGGAGUGGAUCCUGAAGCCAAGUACAUUGUGUUAAUGGAUAUAGUUCCUGUGGACAAUAAAAGAUAUAGAUAUGCCUACCACAGGUCUUCGUGGCUGGUGGCUGGAAAAGCUGACCCUCCGCUCCCUGCAAG